GAUCCCCACCAUGGAGCAGCCCACAGUGUUGUUGUCAAGACGGAAGUGAGAGGAGAGGACUUCCCUCUGGCCAAUUCUUCAAUCCUAUUUGGAAACAGUUAAAGGAAUACACCACCGCCUGCUCAGUCAUGACUACUGCUUACAAAAACAGAAUACAGGAAUUCAAAGUAGCACUGAGUGAAGAGAACAUCAAUCUGAAGACGCUGAGGGAGCUGUGCUUCAGCGGAAUCCCAUUUGAAGGAGGCAUACGAGCCCUUUGUUGGAAAAUCCUUCUCAACUAUCUCCCUCCCGAUCAGACAUUAUGGGAGUCUUUCCUCAAAAAGCAGAGGGAGGUGUACACCCAGUUCCUAAAAGAGAUGAUCAUCCAGCCGGGCAUCGCCAAAGCCAACCUGGGCCUCUCCAGAGAAGAUGUGACGAUGGAGGACCAUCCUCUAAAUCCAAACCCAGACAGCAGGUGGAACAACUACUUCAAAGACAAUGAAAUUCUGCUCCAAAUUGACAAGGACGUAAGGCGGCUGUACCCGGACAUGGCGUUCUUCCAGCGGCCCACACAGUACCCCUGCCAGCUGAUCCUGGACCCCCAGAACGAUUAUGAGACGCUGCGGCGACGAGUGGAACAAACCACGCUGAAAGCACAAACCGUGAACCGCAACCGCAGUGGAGUCACCAAUGUCAGCUCCCCCGGCAAAUCCUUGAACCUGUACCCCUCCAACGAGUACGAGGUGCUGCCCAGCGGCAGCGAAGCCCACUGGGAGGUGGUGGAGCGGAUCCUCUUCAUCUAUGCCAAACUCAACCCGGGGAUCGCCUACGUUCAGGGCAUGAAUGAGAUAGUGGGGCCGAUCUACUACACCUUCGCCACGGACCCCAACAGCCAGUGGAAAGAGCACGCAGAGGCAGAUACCUUCUUCUGUUUCACCAACCUGAUGUCGGAGAACAGGGACAACUUCAUCAAGAGCCUGGACGACUCUCAGUGCGGGAUCACCUACAAGAUGGAGAGCGUGUACUCCAUGCUCCGAGAGCGCGACCUGGAGCUCUUCCUCAAGCUGGAGGAGCAGAACAUCAAACCGCAGUACUUCACUUUCCGCUGGCUGACCUUGCUGCUGUCUCAGGAGUUCCUGCUGCCCGACGUCAUCCGGAUCUGGGACACGCUGUUCUCCGACCUGGACAGAUUCCACUUCCUCAUCCUGGUCUGCUGCGCCAUGCUCAUACUCAUCCGAGAUAAUUUACUGGCCGGAGACUUCACAGUGAACAUGAGACUCCUGCAGGAUUACCCCAUCUCAGAUGUCAACACGAUCCUGAUCAAGGCCAAAGAUCUGCGGGAUACGUCCUAACCUGUCGACCCCACCCCCCUCCCCUCCCCUCCUCCUCCUGCCUCCUCGUGGAAGGUGAGCGUUCGAACAUUACGAGUCGUUGUCGUGUCAAACGUGUUGUUGUCGGAGGACUUGAUCAGUGGUGGGUUCGGACACAGACCCAGCAUUCUUCGUUUUUUUUUUUUACCUUGAUGUCUUAUGAUUGGUCAGUGGGGGCUGCUGUGGAGAAGUUUAAGGGACUAUUUUUGAUGCCGCCUGCUUCUCAAUGUAUUCUGGGAAAAGGCAGGUGUUCCUCCUCGUGUCUCAGCCACCCCCCGCCCCCCAUGGACCCUUCUCAGAUCAUGAUACACUGAGCAUCUGAGGGACAGGAGCUCCAUUACACUACAGUUACAGAAUGUUUAACAGGAGUUACCCCCCCCCCCCUCUGCAGCCCAAUGCAGAUGCUGAGCAAUAGUGCAUGCUUGUUCUCUGAGGGGUGUUUUUUAUUCAGCCUUAUCGGUUUAAUCAUGUGCAACAGGAGACGGUGUUUCUGUGCGCCUGGGUUGUUGAAUAUUUCAUUAUUACUCUCCUUAAAACCUUUAUUCCCCGAGUGUAAUGUCUCAACACAAUGCCUUUUGUUCCAUUGGAAAUGUAAUGUGAAGCAUUUCCAUAAAAUCACGUUACUUUGAGAGAAGGAAGGAGGAAUCUGUGGCGCUGCUUUCACACUGAACAGGAAUACCAACCUGGGUUUACGAGGGUCUCUGCAGCACAGGAUGGUAUGAAGUAUUAAAGCAUUACAGCAGAUUAUUCUACAUGUUGAAUGCAGUGCAGUAGGACUGAUUUCGGUACUUAACAGAACCAUGUUUUCGUAUAAUUACCAAAGGAGUCGAUGUGUUGAAAGACCUCCUGCAGUUGAAGUAGAUUAAGUGUUGAAUUAACCAAAAAACUCUGAUUUAAAUUUGAAAAGAAAGGAUUAGCAUUCUGACCUCAACACCAGCUGUGCAUGAAUCCCUGGUGCUGGGGAUUCAUCCAGUCAGCAACAGAAAAAGAGAUUUACCACCUAAUAUCGAACUUUAAUGUAGUGUAGAAGGGAAAUGAAGACAUAUGUGUUGGCCAACAAUGAUAUACAAACCAUGAAAGGUCCAGGUGUGGGUGGAGUUGCAUGCACUUUCACGUGAGAAGAUUUGAGUUAGAUUAUUCUAUCUGCCCUGUGCAAUAAAAAUAAGAAACAAGACACUAGAAUAACCUCUUUGGACAGUAUUUUCUAUUGCAUUAUCAAAUGAUAAACAGCUGGAAAGACCCACCACAUGCUUGCAUUAUGUCAAUACAACUCCAUAAGCAUAUGUCAUGAACUUGUGUAUUAAAGGCUACCUUAUUUGACUACGUUAUGGUAGCUCCAAACGGGUAGCAUACAUAGCAUGUGACUCUGGACUGGAGAAUAUGUUCUAGUAUGCUUACCUCACUUGUUUAUUAGCAUUUACAGGAACAGAAAAGGUGUUUAAACCCUCCUCACUUGAUGAUUAACACGAAACCCCAACUCUGACCUCUCUUAACAAGCUGCACUUUAUUGUGUUUUUGAGUUUAUAUUCUAGCUAGGCUAAACGCUGACCCCUGAGCCUGAUGGUGUUCAGUGUGAAGAGCAGCACGGUGAUUCACAUCUCUCUCAUGGUUUGAUUUUGAGUUCUGUACACACUAUAACUAUAAAGCUUAACAUUUGAAUGUAAAUGUGUAUCUGCAAACAUAUUCUGCCAUGUUGUAAAAAUAUCCAGCCUUGCCGUCGUGAUGAAGGUGACUCAAUGAAGCAUUUAGUUCAAACUGAAGGCUCUCUAUGAACGUCGGGAUGAAAUGCUCACACACAUGAAUAUGAAAAAGGGUGAAAUGGAAUCUCAAGCUGUGUCAUUUCACUUUGUACAUACUGCUUCUUUUUUUUAAAUACGAGCUUUCAUAUACAGUGCAUGCCGGAGUGGAAACUGAUAUAAUUUCCAGAGCGACUCGAGUAUUUCUGUUCCAUUUUAAUAAGCACACCGUCGAUGCUUCUCUUCUCUGUUUGUCCUCGACCGAAGAUCAAAUGUUUAUUAAACACACUAUUAAAAUGUUUUUGUAAUAUUGUUGAGGGUUGUCUGUGUGAUGCUCUGUUUACUCUCAACAGUAAGGAACAAUUCAGCCAGAAAUGCUCGUUCAUUCAACCGAGAGGAGUAUUGGAUAUCAUUGUCAGGGUUAGGAUUACACACACAUGGUCCAGGGAAUCGUGCGAUCAUUAGGUCUAAACCUCAGUCAGAGAGGAGUGCUCAUUUCAAUAUGAUCCAUGCGUUGGUUGCUCCCUGAACGUCCUGAACGUCAUCAUGUGUAAAGCUGAAGCUGGAGAUCGACUCUACAUCCAGAAUAUUCUGUUCAGUUACAAGAAGAGCUCGCUUUCUAACUCCAAAACAAACACAUUUAGCAUUCAUCUUUUUUUGGGGGGGGGGGGUAUUUUCAAGAGACCAUUACUAAUUAAUUGAUGGCAAUUAAUAGUAUGUAUUUAUUUUCAUUGUGUGUGUGCGGCGUGUGUGUGUGUAUUCUUUGUCUUAUGUCAGUUACUUGCAUGGUUCCAAUUUUGUAAGCACAUUUUAUAAGGUAUGUAUUUGUAUACGGUGAUGAGACGUGUAUAUAUGUUUUUACAUGUUUGCAGAUGUGCAUUAAAAUGAAUGAAGGUAUAAAUCA